AUGUCGACCCCCGCCCAACUAGCCGCGGAAAUGGAGGCCCUAUUGGCCUAUGAAACAUCCUCAAAUGAUGAGUUCUAUGAGUGCAACUCCGACGCGGAGGGCGCGGAGGGCGCGGCGGGCGCGGCGGCGCAGGAAGAUGCCCCGGAGGCUCUCGACGGCGCGCAACCUAGUGAAGAGGCCGCGGAGGCGCAGGAACAGGGCCAUGCUAUCCCAUUUGCGGUCCCGCCUCGUGAAGAGGCCGUGGAACAGGGCCCUGUGAUUCCAUUUGCGCUCCCGCCUAGUGGACAGGGCCUCGUGGAUAUGGCCUUCGUAUUCAUCGACGAGGUCGUCUCCAUGUCAACGGCGAAAUCAAUCAAAUCUAUCUAG